ACGUCAUCAACAUGCGCCGUUGUUUUGCUUACAGCGCCAUGCGUAUGAAAACUGAGUGAGGGAAACGUGGUCAAUAAAAGUAACCUAAAUAAAUUUUACAUUCGUAUUGACGGCUGUUAAACACAGCCAGAUCAGGAAACGCUUGAGGGCAGCCGCGUUUUGGAGCGAGUGUGGACUCGUUUGACCGUGUUUUGGAAACCAUGUUUAAUGAGGAUGAAGACUGGAAUGAUGCUGCAGACGUCCUGAGUGAAAGGUCUCUGCAAAAGAAGCCAAAGAACAGCAACGGCGUCAACGUAAAUUCCAAAAGUGUAGGAAAGAGGAGUCUGCUACGGACACUGCAGACGCUGGGAUCAGUACCUGACUGGAAGGGCGAUGACGUCGGCCAUCCGCCUGACAGCGACAGCGAGGCCGAAGCCACCACGCCUCCCGUUAAGACAAAGAAAAAAAGAAGGAAAAGGACAAAACAAACCACAACAACGGGAGAGCAGAACAGCAACGUGGAUGUCAAGGAGGAGAAAACCGUAACCAAAAAGAAAACUGGUGAGUGCUUAAAGUUUGUGAUUGAAAGCAAAUGUAUUAUUUUGUUUGUAUUGACGUAUUAUGUUCCUGAAGUGGUCCCAAAAGCUUUAAACACACCUGCAGGCCAGACGAAGGGCAACGAGACGCCCCAAUUGGAAAAACAAGCAGGGGAAGCACAGAAACUACUAAGCAGGCAGCAGUGGAAAAACAAAAUGAAGAACAAGAGGAAUUGUAAAAACAAAUACCGGCCUAAUAAGCCUGAAGUGGAAGUGAAGGCAGCAAAUAAACCACCGCUAACGACAAGUUUAUGCAUCAGCAACGACAAAAAAUGUAACCAAAUAGAACUGCAGGAUGAGAAAAAGUUAAAGAAGCCCCAGAAGAGGAAAAAUGCCGACAAGGACACAGAGACGUUACAAAGAAAAACAGCUAAAAGAGAGGCAAUCAUCACCAAACUUGAAAACACUGUAGUCAAUGGCUCCAAAAAGGGAGCAGCUGAGUCCAAGGUAAAACUGCAAAAACCCGAAAUGUGCAAAGCCGAGAGGCUGAAACGUGAGCAUCUUCGGAAGCUUCUCCAGCGCCGCGAAACAGAGCAAGAAGAAGAAGAGGCAGCGUCUGAGAAGGCGGCGGCAGAUGAGGAAGCGAAACAGGGACGCUCCGCCUCCCUCCGCUCCCGCAUGGAGCAGCGCUUGGAGUCGGCCCGCUUCCGCUACAUCAAUGAGGUCCUGUACAGCAGCACCAGCGGCGAGGCCACGCGCAUGUUCCGGCAGGAUCCAGAAGCUUUCUGGAUCUACCACCGGGGCUACACGGCGCAGGUGCAGAGGUGGCCCACCAACCCCGUGGACGCCAUCAUUGCGUAUAUUCGGCAAAAACCUUCCUCGCUGGUGGUGGCUGACUUUGGCUGCGGCGACUGCAAGAUAGGACGCAGCGUCAAGAAUAAAGUGCACAGCUUCGACUUGGCGGCAACCUGCGAUCUGGUCACGGUGUGCGACAUGGCCAACGUCCCGCUGGAAGACGGCUCGGUGGACAUCGCCGUCUUCUGCCUGUCGCUCAUGGGAACCAACCUGGCGGAUUUCCUCGUGGAAGCCAACCGUGUCUUGAAAAAAGGGGGCGUGCUGAAAGUAGCUGAGGUGGCGAGCAGAUUCGACAACGUGAGGAGCUUCAUCAACGCUCUGGCCAACGUGGGAUUCAAGAUGGCGUCCAAGGACACAGAGAACAGUCACUUCUACUUGUUUGAAUUCACCAAGACGGGCAACGCUCCGGAAAAAUUGAAGAAAUUUGGACUGCAGCUGAAGGCCUGCUUGUACAAGAAGAGAUGAAGCAGAUAUUUUCCCUAAAAUGUACGAUUUCUUACACUGCUUCUUGUUUUCAUGUGCCCUGCGAUUGACUGACCAGUCGAGUAGCACUGGGAUAGGCUCCAGCAUACCUGCAAGCCUAGUGAGAAAGUCUGUCAGAUGUACACCAUUGUUGAAAGAUAUCAGAAUUUUGAAAAAUGUCAAAAAUUCUUUGUGAUUGUAUUUA